AUGGCGUCCUCGUCUUCUGCUCCCGCCAAACGCUUGAGCCAAGUCGUCAGCCACAUGGCGUCCCCUUCCACCUCGGGCAGCGCAGACGUCUUCCACUCGACACCCUACGCACCACCCGACGCCAUCUUUGCCCUCACGGCAGGCUACCAGCAGGACAAGUUCGACAAGAAGGUCAACCUCGGCGUCGGAGCCUACCGCGACAACGAGGGGAAACCGUUCGUCUUGCCCGUUGUCAGGAAGGCCAAGCAGAUCCUCGCGAGCGACGACUCGAUCGACCACGAAUACCUCCCCAUCGCCGGCCUGCCCUCGUUCGUUUCUGCGACUUCAAAGCUCAUCUUCGGUGCGGACAGUCGCGCAAUCAAGGAGGACAGGGUCGUGACGAUCCAGACGAUUUCCGGGACAGGCGCGAAUCACUACGGCGGAGCGUUCCUGCAGAGGUUUUACGAGCCGUGGCUGGGGAAGAGCAAGGAGGAGAAGAAGAUCUACGUCUCGAAUCCGACAUGGGCGAAUCACAAAGCGAUCUUCAACAGCGUCGGCUUGACCCCCGUCGACUACCCCUACUACGACUCGUCGACGAUCGGACUCGCCCUCUCCUCCUUCCUCGACUUUCUUCGAACAGCGCCAGCACAGUCCGUCAUCCUCCUCCAUGCGUGCGCGCACAACCCGACUGGAGUCGACCCGACGAGGGACGAGUGGAAGGAGAUUGCCAAGAUCUUCAAGGAGAAGGGUCACUUUGCUUUCUUCGACUGCGCGUAUCAGGGCUUCGCAUCGGGCGACCUCGACAACGAUGCCUGGGCGGUCCGACACUUUGUCUCCGAGUCGAUCCCCCUGCUCGUCUGCCAGUCCUACGCCAAGAACGCCGGUCUGUACGGCGAGCGCAUCGGCGCACUCAACAUCGUCGCCUCCCACGCAGGCGACGUCGAAGGCGGUGCGGCGCGAAUCAAGUCCCAGCUGCUCAUCCUCCAGCGUCAGGAGAUCUCGAACCCUCCGACGUUCGGAGCGCGGAUCGUCUCGCUCAUCUUGAAUGACGAGAAGCUCUUCGCCGAGUGGAAGGAGGACAUCGAGACGAUGGCGCAUCGGAUCAUUGCGAUGAGGGAGCGGUUGCAUGCGUUGCUUGUCGACAAGUACAAGACGCCGGCGCCGGGCCCGAACGGGUGGGACCAUGUUGUCAAGCAGAUUGGCAUGUUUACCUUCACCGGCCUGAAUCCCACGCAAUGCAAAGCCAUGGUCGAGAAAGGCCACAUCUACAUGACCGCCAACGGACGAAUCAGUAUGGCGGGCAUCAACGACAAGAACGUCGAGUGGGUCGCCGAGUGCAUCGACAAGGCGAUUCGCGGACAGCUUUGA